UUGAUAGAAAUCUACAGAGGGCUCACUAUGAUGCCAGAGAAGAAUGACAGCCAAAACAAAAAGAUGGCCUUUCCACCAGAACAGCAAAAAAGACUUGGUCUGAAGAAAAUGCUGAAGAAAGUGCCACCCUGUCUGGGCAAGUUCAGGCCCAGCGUGGGUCAGUGCUGCCAUCAGUGUACCCCAGACAGUCUGAGAAAGAAACUUGGACAUAACUCCGCUUGUGUUGGCUUCCAGAAUCUUUUGAGAGUCAGUGAGACUCACACCAGGUACCGAGGAUGGCUCGUCAGGAGGAUAUGCUGUGUGCUGUUUGUGAGUGGACGGAAGGUUUAUGCAAGUCCUGCUGGCAAGAGACUGGAGAGAGUCUGUCAGAGCAAUAGGGUGAAGGAGGCUCUCACAGCAGUACAAAAAGCACCAGAAGGGGGAGACGGCCAAGGCCAGCUCAAUCUCCUCUCACCAUUCCACCAACUCAUUAACACCUGUAUCUCUCCUGGCCUUGUAAGGUUCAUGGGCUGGGUAAUGCUGAAGAUAUUUUCCUCCAUACUUGGAAGUAUUCAAGUUAACCUCAGCCAUUUGUCAGCGCUGCACAGUGCCUCAAAAGAGGUACAGGGCUCUCUGCUGGUUUAUGUGCAUGUGCGUCAGAGCAUCAUGGACUGUGCACUCAUCCCCCUGGUUCUUUUCUGUCACAACCUGAGAGUCCCGUACACCUUCUGUCCUUUUCAGAUUAGCAGCUCAUUACUCCGGUCAGUCCUGAGGAAAGUGGGCGUGGUCUUGCUGCCACGCUCUGCACUGACAGAGGAGGAUGCUGAGAUGGACAGCAUUUACUCAACUGUCAUGGCUUCUCUGGUACAGGAGCUGCUACACGAGGGCCAAGCCAUCAGUGUGGGUGUGCUAUCAUCAUCUGGCCAAGGUGGCCAGUGGCUGGCUCACCUCAGACAGCUCAUCAAAGAGGGAUCUUUGACUGACAUCAGUCUUGUCCCUGUGGGCAUCUCUUAUGAUUGUGUUCCCAAGUCUAACAUACAGGCUGACCUAAGUUCUUUAUUGCUGUGGAUGUGGUCUCGUCUCUGGAAGAAAUCAGAAGGAACUGUGAGGAUUCACUUCGCCAAGCCAUUUUCUCUCAAGGAGACAUGUGAGACAGGGAGGUGUAGGGUGGAUGGAUGGCUCCCUCUACAGGACCUGUUACUGCCUGUUAUCCUCAACAAAAGAACUGCCAGUGUGUACGGCCAGCGAAUGAUGUCAUGGCUUCUGCCUUCCCAAUCUGUUGGUGAACUCAGAAAGCAACCUCAGGCAGAAAGAGACCUCAGCAUCGGCAUCAUCCUUCAUCUUAUCUUCUCUGCCACCUCCUGCAUGGCUGUGAUGUCCACGAGUCUGGUGUCCAGUCUUUUGCUGUAUAGACACCGCAAGGGUGUGUUUAUGUCUGCACUGUGUCAGGAUGUGAACUGGCUAACAGAGGAGCUCUUGUUCAGAAACAAAGACGUUGGCUUUGGGGGAAGUUUAGCAGAGGUGAUCCACUAUUCUCUGUCUUUGCUCGCCCCUCAUAUCAUCGUAGCUGCAGUGCCGUCCAGGAAAGACCCUGUUGUUAUUCCCCGCCCUUCUCUUGUUGCUACACUCCACCUCACUCUCAAUGCCCAGAUUGUCACACAUACUUUCAUAAUGGAGGCUGUUGGGGCUUGUGCUGUGUCAGCCAUGCUUUGCGAGGUGGCUGGCAGUGGUGUCAGCAGCAGCGUGCGCAGUGAUGGAGUGGAUGGAGAUAAGGUCAGAGGUGACAUGGAGUUUGAUGUGGUGUUUUGUCAAUCAGAGUUGACUGAGAGAGCACUGCGACUCUGCCAUCUAUUGCCUCCAGGCUUUAUGCCCCCCUGUCAUUCAUCCUUGAGCUUUGCUCUGGAUGCGGUUGACAGUCUGGUACGCUGUGGCAUCCUGAUCAUGGAAGAAAUUCCCAGAGCUGUUCCCAUGUGUGAUUUCUGGAAAAAGGAAGGGGUCCUGUCAUGGACCACCACUGAUGACCCAUAUCAGAGUGACUCUGACUGUGAAGACAGGAAACCACAUGCAAUACAAGGUAUGUUGAGCCAGCCAAGUCAGUGUCCAGAGAUGCUCUUCUUUCUCUGCAGUAUGUUGGCUGGAUAUCUCAGUGCACUGUGCCGCACCACCGCUUGCCUCGACCUCCUACACACACCUCUGCCAAAGGCUGAGUUUCUAACUAAAGUACACUCCUAUCUGUGUGACACAGCAAGUAAGAACAAACAACAGUACGAGAGCUGCUCUGAGGAGACUGCACACAGCGCCGUUAGAACACUAAUAGACCUGGGGGUGCUUCUGGAGGAGCGGCAGAGUGGAGGCAUUUUCCUGGGUGUCAGCCCUUUGUUCCAGUUAUCAGAAAACCGUCAGAAGCUGCACCGAUUUAUCUCGCAAUACCUCUACAAUUAGAGUUACAUGCUUCUGUGAACAGCAAGGCCUCCACGUUACACUGUUAGGGUGCACAUGACCUUGUUUCCUGCCUGUCAGUUAAGUGUAAAACAUGCUCGCUGUGUUGGGGCGCUUCCACCUCUAGGUUAAUUACAUUUUGAUUCAUCUUUGAUGAGAAAGUGAUAUUAAGUUUAUCUUUAGUAAUGGCAUUAGCAUAAAGCCACAGGAGAUGUGGCUUUUGAAGUCCCUGUAAUCAGUUGUGAGGAUUUGCUUUCGGAUGUGGGUUUGUGUGUUUAUGUUGGAAAUAAGUGUUUGAGUCUAAACAUGUUUUAGUUUUCCACAAGGUUAUCAGGUUCUUUUUGUUGAUCAACACAUACUGUAGUUCUUUA